AAGAAGCUGUUCUUCUCAUCAGAGACCAUCGAGGCAGCCCCCCGUAUUCCUCAUUAUGACCGCCCGACUCUCCAACAACCGCAGUGCGUCACAGUUCAUCAAAAUUAAGCGUCGCCAUAGUAGUUGCAGAGAUUAAUGGAGGGCAAGUGCGAGACUGGUAAGUCUCGUCCUCAGCGCUAUCACCAGCUCGCCCACAUACAUGCAUUGAAUGCUUCUUAAAGAUCUCCUCAAACUUUAAUGUCUCCUCAGCCUUCAAGCACUCGUGUAUUUAUCGUGACAGAGAACUUGUACUUCUCGUAAUUAAGUCUGCCAAUUUGGUCCCGUGGAAAGAGCAAAUAUGGCAAAGAGUGGCAACAGUGCUGUGGGGGCUUUGCUGGCUUUGGCCCUCUUCCUCUUGCGACCCAUCGGCGGGAAUGCACAGGCGUCCUCCGCGCUCGUGCCGGCCAUUAUAACCUUCGGCGACUCCACUGUCGAUGUGGGCAACAAUGACUACCUCAAGACCAUCUUCAAGGCGGACUUCCCUCCCUAUGGGAGGGACUUUAAGAACCAUAAGCCCACCGGGAGGUUCUGCAAUGGGAAGUUGGCUACAGACAUCACCGCUGACACCCUGGGAUUUUCCAGCUACCCAUCUGCUUAUCUUAGCCCAGAAGCAUCAGGGAAGAACCUUCUUAUCGGAGCCAAUUUUGCUUCUGCUGCGUCUGGUUAUUAUGAUGACACUGCUUACUUAUACCAUGCCAUUCCCUUGUCUCAGCAGUUGGAGUUCUACAAGGAGUACCAACACAAGCUUUCUCGAGUGGCUGGAACCAGUAAGGCAUCGUCCAUCAUCUCCGGCGCUCUCUACAUAGUGAGCACCGGAGCCAGCGACUUCGUGCAGAACUACUACAUCAACCCUCAUCUUUACGAGACCCGAUCACCGGAUCAGUUCUCCUCGUUCCUUGUGCACAUCUUCUGCAACUUCGUUAAGGUUAGUGACAUGCCAACUCGAGAUGUGCUUCGUUCUGACUGUCUCAGUUACUGUUGUCCUUUCCCGACGCAGGAUCUCUAUGGCCUAGGUGCUCGAAAGAUUGGAGUGACUUCCUUGCCUCCACUGGGUUGCCUUCCUGCGUCCAUCACGCUCUUCGGACAUGGCAGCAACGAAUGCGUGAGGCGACUCAACUCCGACGCACAGAACUUCAACAGGAAGCUCAAUACCGCAGCAGACUCGUUGGCGAAGCAGCUGCCUAACCUUAAGAUUGCCAUCUUCGACAUCUAUAAGCCUCUACAUGAUCUUGCCACCAAGCCUUCCGACUUCGGAUUCUUCGAGGCCAGGAGAGGCUGCUGCGGGACGGGAACAGUGGAGACGACAUCGUUUCUGUGCAAUCCGCAUUCGGUCGGGACAUGCGCCAAUGCCACUGGCUAUGUGUUUUGGGACAGCGUCCAUCCAUCGGAAUCGGCAAACCAAGUGCUUGCCGAUUCCCUCAUUGCUCAGGGCAUCAACCUUAUUCUGUGAGGGAAGGGAGGGUGAGAGAUGCAGCAGUCCAUGUGUGUGUGUGUGUGUGUUCUGUUUCAGUAGCUUGUGUCGAGGAAAAAUAAGAUGUUCUGCUGAGAAACAAAUCUAUGACUGGUGGAGUUGUGAGAUGUUCAUUAAAAGGUCAAU